AGAGGGCAGCGUGAACCGGGGGGAAUUCAAAUCGCUCCCGCUAGACUGCUGGCAGAGGCCGCCUGCUGGGGCUCCAGGGAGGGGGGACGGAAACACGGAUACACACACGUGGACGAACAGGGACGGGUAAAGUUAGUUCCACGUUGGUCCUCGGCUAAACAUUUUAAAAGUCUCUCGUGGUUUCGAAUGCGAUAUAGAUAUCACUAUCACCAUGGCGACUGCAUAUGUUAAAUAAUAACAAAGACGUUGUGUACUUUCGCUUGUGAAUGUUUGGCGUAGUCCCAACGUGAAACGCACUUCAUAUCAUCGAAGGAACACACGACGGGUCUCACGGCAACUUUGAGGUCCGCCGAGUGACGACCACGUCCCGGGUGGAGGGGAGGGGGGAGAGGAGGUCUCAGAAGUGAACCACAGGGGGUUUUACUCGUGUUUUUGCCUUUACACGUCAAGAGUUCGUCCUGCUAAUCACUCGUUUGGACCAAGGAUUCGGCAAGAGUUUUUCGAUAAGGUCAUUUUUCUGGAUGAACAACGCGGAUCAUAGCGCGUCGGUGGCCGGCCAGGGGGAGAGAUAACCCCGCCAUGGAGAGCGCGGAGAGCCGGUGGUGGAGUUGGCUGAGCCUGGGCUCCCUGCUCCUCGUUCUGUUCUCCGGCGUUGGUGAGGCCAAGUGUGAUGAUUGCGUGGAGUACUGCUGUGAAGGCACUCCACCCUUCUGCUGCUCCUACUAUGCCUAUGUGGGCGAUGUCCUCUCGGGCACGGCGAUCUCGGGCAUCGUGUUUGGCGUGGUGUUCCUCAUGGGCGCCAUGGCGGCGUUGGUCCUGUGCGUGUGCAUGUGCAUGAAGAACGGGCGCGGGGCACGCGUCGACGUGUUCAGGACCUCCUACAUCAACAGCGUGACCCAGGGUUACCCAGGUCCCCCGCCCCCCUACAACUACGACUACGAGAUGUACCCUCCCUCCCCGCGCCCCCCCCCCUACACCCCAACACCGGCCCGGCCCGACAACUACUCCCCCCCACCCCCUUAUCCCGGCUGUGCCCUGAAGUGA